UGCCCAGGACAACCUGACCAUGUCUCGGGCGGAGGAGUACGGUUGUGCGAGGGAUCACUCUGAUCUGCCCGAGCCGCAGCUGUCAGUCAGCAUCAGUGUUGGGCAGUGCAUGAUGGGUCAGGACAUAAAGCUGGUGUUGGAUUUCCAGAACCUGGAUAAAGUCUCCAGAACCAUCAACGCUCACUUGUCCGGGUCGGUCGUCUUCUACACCGGAGUCUCAGCCAGUCAGUUCAAAGACGAGGACUUUGCCGUGACGGUGCCGGCCGAGCAGACGGAGCGUGUGCCGAUGAACAUCUCGCAUCAGGAGUACAUGCCUCACCUGGGCUCUCAGCUCUGUAUCCACUUUGUUCUGACUGGUCAGGCUGACGACCAAUCAUUGAGCGUCAUCAAGGUGGUCGACCUGCUGACCCCGAAACUCUCCAUGGCGGUGUCCGGUCAUCCUCAGGUGCAGCAGCAGAUGUUUGUGACGGUUUCCUUCACCAACUCCUUCAGCUUCCCUCUGAACAACGCCAGGCUGAUCAUGGAGGGCCCCGGACUCAUCGGCGUCAGAACACACCAGUUCAACGUCAUCGAGCCUCAGGCUAAUAUCUCCUGGACGGAGAUGUUCGUACCUCGGCUCAGCGGCCUGCGACGCAUCUUUGCGGUGAUGGACUGCAAGAGCCUGAAUCAGGUGUGGGGACUCGCUGAUGUCGUCAUCUCAGAGUGAGAUGAUUGGCUCACAGAAUGGUGACCCCGCCCCUCGUCAUUUCCACCAAUCACAGCAGCUUGAGACGGAGUGGGCGGAGCCAACAACCAGCUCAAGUUAUUUUUAAUGAUUUUCUUUUCUUCAUUCAGACGAGUUUAAAACGAAUAUUAGAAAAACUUUAUGAACUUGAUUCAUGUCCGACGACUCAUUUACCUUUUUAAUAAUGAGAUCGAAUUAAAUUAAUUUACAUCUGGUUUCAAUUCAACAUGAUUUAAUCUGCAGAAUUAUUAGGUUUAAUUCAACAUUAAAUAAUUUACAAACUGGACUUCAAAGUUUUCAGAGAGAAUCACAAACCACUUCACCUUCACUCAUUAGAAACCAGAGCGAAGCUCCAACACGUUUCAAACUCUCUGCUCUUC